AGAGAAUAGAAGGCAAUCCUUUAUUCAGAUUCAGUCGAAGUGGACACCUGAUAGACGUUGGAAGGCGUUAGGUAGUUCUAAUUACACUGAGCGUGAGGCGACCAGAAUUAUUGUUUCAUAAUACUUAUCGUGUUUAUCUUGCAAAUAAUAUACAGAUCGAGUUUAAGGCGUGAGUGAGCCAUUCAACAUGCAGAAGCUACAGCAACAGAUCUUAAAUUGGUGUGACGACCUGGAAGAUUAUCUAAAGUGCACCCAGUGUGAGAGAACAUUGAACAAGGACGUCUACCUCUGCGAAGGUGGCCACCUCAUCUGCCUGACUUGUAGCCGGGACUCUGCCAACACCAAAUGCAGCAUCUGCAAACUGAAGUACACAAAAAUACGAAACUCUUUGGCUGAGAAUCUUGCCCAGAAGAUGGCGACAAUCAGGGAGAAGCUCGAAGGAUGUGUUGAGGAUGAUGAUCUCAGGUCUGUCUGCAGUGAGAGCAACAAUAUCGCCUGGAAGACUUUCACCUGCUGGAUCGGGAAGUGUAAGACUCAGGGAUCUAUUGAUGAAAUGCGUCGGCAUUAUGAGACCAUCCACAGCGGACUCUACGUUAAGCAUUGCGAUGGUGAACUUCCCCACAAAACGAGCUUCUUCCUCGAAUAUUCGUUCCCACGAACAACGCACCGGCUGCUGGACCUCCCAAAUAUCGGGCUAUUCGUUCUUCUUGUCGUUAUUUACGACAAUGGAGCUCUGCGUGCUCAUUUUUUUAUGUACGAGACCUCGAGCAAUGCACAGAAGUAUCAGUACAAGCUGAAGAUAGAAUGUAAUUCCCAGAAUUCCAGUGUUGAAGGAGUUGUCCAAACGGUUCGUCUUCCCAAGAGUCUUUUUACGAAGAACGGACUCUUUAUCCAGCGUGCCCACAACCUCCAGAAAGAGCUCCAGAACACCUUGAAGUACACGUGUCACGUCGAAGUGCACAGAAAUACUGAGCCCCCAGAGCCUCAAAAAUUCACAGCCGCGAAGUACAAGUCCCGCAAUCAAAAGUCAACCGAGGACCACACGGACUCCGAUGCCAAUAAGAUUACCGAGGACUCAUCAGACAUCAUGAAAAAACCCCAGAAGGGCAGCCAGAAGAAUCGGGACAAAUCAGCGAACGAAAAUUCAAUUCCAAAGAAGCCAAACCCUCAGAAAAAGGAAAAGUCUGAGAAUGAGAUAAAACAUGUUGAGAAGAAAGCCCCGAAGCUUCAGGAUCGUCCGUCCAGGAUGACCAGCACUUUGCAGCCGAAUGGAGCAGAUAAUUCGCAGACACAGAGCUCUCUUGUGAGGACCCCGGCGAGAACCGGGGCGACGAUUCCGCCGAUUUUCGCGCAUCCAUCUCCGUUCAAUUCUGUACCGAACUAUACGAAUCAGGCGGUGGGGAAUUACACGCCUAGUGGUACCAUUAAUUAUCCAGGAGGAGGCUUGCCGACACAAGGGCUCUUUCCCGGGGCGAACCCUCACUAUCGUCCCCCGCCUGCACCUGGAACUCCAGGAAUUCCUGGAGCGGGUUACGGGCUACCCAGUGCUCCCUUAGAUGAUGGAAACGGGCACUACGUUCAGUAUCCUGAUUUAACGGCGAUGAAGAACAGCAUGAGCAAUGGGUCCACGUCGAAGUUGAAUAAGGAUCCUAAGAGCAAGAAAGAGUGUGUCAUCAGCUAGACAGGGCUUUGAGGAGAUCUUUCUGUUUUUAUUUGAAAUAGGUUAACAAUUAGUAGAAUUUAUGGGUAAUAAUUUACAAAAAAUCAUCUUUAUGAUGAAUUAAUUAUCAAACCCUCAGGAAUGGUAAAGUUAAACUGAGGAAUUAUCAUUUGUUUAUUUGAACCGUAAGAUCCUGUAAACGGCUUUUACGUACUGCAUGUCGUGGCUCAUUCCCUUGAUUCGAUACCGAUGCAGCAGGUUGUUAUAAUUAAUUAAUUAGAUGAUUCGUCGACUCCCGCAAUUUGUCACCAGCGAUAUGAGAUAUCCUUUGGCGUACGUAACGUUCAAUUCUAGAGGAUUAAUCGAGUGGUCUUUCCUUCUUUGAAGUGAAUGUAACGUUUAAAACAUUGGUGCAUGUCUAAUUAUCUACUUGUGAUUUUUGCGGGUUGAUGCUAUCAUAAAUUGUUAUUAACAAUGCCCUAUGUCGGCGACAUUCGGGAAAGGUUAUAAUAACGAGGUUUUAAUCCUAAAUAUUGGUUCUAUCUAUAAUUGAAGUUUAUCUGAAGACGGAUUACUGAGGUCAAUGCUUAAGGUCUGGUACAUGAGUGAUUUACCUCCAUAAUAAGUACUUUCAUUAGCUACAAAAGACUCUUGACAUAUUCCCGUAUAUUCGAUAUUUCCCAAGAUUACAAUCUUUGCGUUAAGAUUUUCUUUUAUGAUUAAGACUAAAAUAUUUCUUUGGCAAACUUUAAAAAUCCUGAGAACUCCUGGGAACGUUCGGAAAAUGUCGAGAGACCUUUUUUGUAGCUGAUGAAAGUGUGAAGAAAUUUUUUUUACAUUCUCUCGUUGCAUCACUUAUUAUCGAAAUAAUUAUGAGUCAUAUUGUACUACAGACUUACUUUAUUAAUUGUUACGACCGAACUUUAAGAAAACUUUUACAGUGAAAUCCCUCACCACAUGUGAGGGAGCAAGAUUAUGUAUUGAGAGCAGUGAAACUAUUGGGAUUUCGGUUGAAAUAUUCUAACGAUGGAAUAUUCCAAUGAUCGAAUGUUUAUUUUCGAUUCACUGGUGAGAUUUAAGAGUGGAUCAAUGAUCCAGUGAGUUCGCUUGAAGAUGAAAGGUCUUCAUUUUAUCAACUGUAUUGAUGGAGGUGAUAGCAGCUUGUAAUCAGUGAAUUAAUGACUCCCUUGAUUAAGUAAAGAUUUCUUUAUAGAAGAUUUGAAUUUUCUAUUGUUUCUUGUAGAUUGUUGAGGAACAAUAUGUGAAGAUCUUUUUAAAGCUGCAAUCACUGCUUAGAGCAGACGAAUAUAAAAGUAUCUUUCACAAAAUAAAUGCAAAGCACAGUAUAUAUUCAAUUAUGUUCAAUAAUCGACUUUGUUAAUUGAUUUGCGUGAAAAGGAUUUGCAAAAAAUCAAUAUUCUGAAAUAUUCAAAUAACAUUUCACGCAGAAUUAUGAAUAAAGAUUAAACAAUCGUACAA